GUGCACAGCACAGCCAUUCAGAGCAGUGUGCUUACAGUGAAGCACCAACACACCGCCCCCCCAGUAAAACACUCCCUGUGCACAGUUAACCCUUUGAUCGCCCCUCAUGUUAACCCCUUCCUUGUUAGUGCUUUUUUUUUUUUUUUUAGCACUGAUCACAGUAUUCGAUUGGUGUCACUGGGGAUGUCAGUGACACCAAGUCAGUUUCCCCCAGUGUCAGAAUGCUCGCAGCAAUCAAAGUCGCUGAUCGCUGCCAUUAGUAGUUGAAAAAAAUUAAUUCCAGUAUAUAUAUUGCCA